GGCGGGCAGAGGGGGCGGGCAGCCGCAGCCGCAGCCACAGCCGCGGCGGGCGGAGCGCGGCGCUGAGUGCGCGGCCCGGCCCCGGCUCAUUACUCAGCGGCCGAGGCAGGAGGCGGCGGCGGGAGGCGGCCAGAAACAAAAUUUGGAUGAAGCAAUCGAACUAAGUUGCCGUCAUGAGCAGAAGCAAGCGCGACAACAAUUUCUACAGUGUUGAAAUUGGAGAUUCUACGUUCACUGUGUUGAAACGGUAUCAAAACUUGAAACCAAUAGGAUCAGGAGCACAGGGGAUAGUAUGUGCAGCUUAUGAUGCCAUCCUUGAAAGAAAUGUUGCAAUCAAGAAGCUAAGCCGACCAUUUCAGAACCAAACCCAUGCUAAAAGAGCCUACAGAGAGCUUGUUCUUAUGAAGUGCGUUAAUCACAAAAAUAUAAUCGGCCUACUGAAUGUGUUCACACCGCAAAAAUCCCUGGAAGAAUUUCAAGACGUCUACAUAGUAAUGGAGCUCAUGGAUGCAAAUCUCUGCCAAGUGAUUCAGAUGGAGCUGGACCAUGAACGAAUGUCCUAUCUUCUUUAUCAAAUGCUGUGUGGUAUCAAACAUCUUCACUCAGCUGGAAUUAUACACAGGGACUUAAAGCCCAGUAAUAUAGUAGUAAAGUCAGACUGCACUUUGAAGAUUCUUGACUUUGGACUGGCCAGAACUGCAGGAACUAGUUUUAUGAUGACGCCUUAUGUAGUGACUCGUUACUACAGAGCACCAGAGGUCAUCCUAGGGAUGGGAUACAAAGAAAACGUUGACAUUUGGUCAGUUGGGUGCAUCAUGGGAGAAAUGAUCAAAGGUGGUGUUUUAUUUCCUGGUACAGAUCAUAUUGAUCAGUGGAAUAAAGUUAUAGAGCAGCUAGGAACACCAUGUCCUGAAUUUAUGAAGAAACUACAGCCCACAGUCCGAACUUAUGUUGAGAACAGACCCAAAUAUGCUGGAUAUAGCUUUGAGAAACUCUUCCCAGAUGUUCUUUUCCCAGCUGAUUCUGAACACAACAAACUUAAAGCAAGUCAAGCAAGGGAUUUGUUGUCAAAAAUGCUGGUUAUAGACGCCUCUAAAAGAAUUUCUGUGGAUGAAGCCCUUCAGCACCCGUACAUCAAUGUUUGGUAUGAUCCAUCAGAAGCAGAAGCUCCUCCACCAAAGAUACCAGAUAAGCAGUUAGAUGAGAGGGAACACACGAUAGAAGAAUGGAAAGAAUUGAUAUACAAGGAAGUCAUGGACCUGGAGGAAAGAACCAAGAAUGGGGUUAUACGUGGACAACCAGCCCCUUUAGGUGCAGCAGUGAUCAAUGGCUCUCAACAUCCAUCUUCAUCGUCAUCUGUCAACGAUGUGUCUUCAAUGUCAACAGAUCCAACAUUGGCCUCUGAUACAGACAGCAGUCUAGAAGCUUCAGCUGGACCUCUGGGUUGCUGUAGAUGACUACUUGGUCUUUUGGGGGGAGGGAGGGGGGUCCUUUUAGUCAUGAAUAGGGCACCUUUAAAAUUUGGUGGUAUUUUUGAGUGUUUUUUCAAAAAUAAUCGUAGAAUUCAUCAUAAAGUGCUGUAAUUUUAAACUGUAAGUUGUGUUAAAAGCAGCCACUUUUUUUUUUUUUUGCUGUAAUUAACUGUAAAAUAUUAAACCUGAUAAUUUUUAUUGUGGUUUUAAAAUCUGCAUAUUUGCUUUACUAUUAUGCUGCUGAUUUUUUUUUACUGAAUUUGUAAGAUUUGUUUUAUCAAAGCACAUAUUAAUGUUGUGGUCAUUACCAUAUCAUGAAUUAUUUAAGAUUUUAUAGGUUUUCAAUUUUUUAAUUAGAAUUUAUUCCAGAUGUUUUGUUCAUGAUAUCCUUCAAAGUUUUAUGCUUGGUCAUAUGUCCAUGUGAAGGUGGGGAGAGAAUUCAGUGCAGCCAGCUGUAGUUUUUUUGGGGCAUACUACUGUGGUGCUGGCAAUGAACAAAAUCCUCUUUUAUUUUGGCCGCUUGCCUAUAAUACUUCAGUAAAAGCAGCAGUUAUUGAAUUUUGUUAGAGAAACAAACCUCAGCAAAGAAAUUUAAUCUGAACGGUUUUCUGAACUUAAGAAAACAAAACCUAUCUUCAAGGCUGCAGAAAUAUCUAGCCUAACAAAGGGAUGUGAUGUUUUCUGCAGAAUUGUGGCAUGCCAAACCUGUGAUCGCCAUAAAACAAGAGGAUACUUCAUGAAUAACACAUUGCAAUGCAAAUAAACUGUUUACUUCUAGCUUGUAGCCUGUUUUUGUACACACAAAACAAAGUGAAUCCAGGAUGUCUAGACUGCCAACAGGGAAAGCAAUUAUACUUACAUGUAGGAUAUAAUUCUUGGGUGUUCAGUUUCUUAGUAUUUUUGUCUGCUAAGGUGAGUGCUUUUUGGGGAGAGGAGGAAAUGAUGUGAAUGCAAUAGGGACAAAACUUAGCUAUUCUUUCUCCACCAAAAGUAACUGAUAGCUAAAACCGUAAGUGGUAGAAGAACCUCAGGAUUUCUGUAGUUAAUGCAUUAAGUGAGCAAUAUAUACCAUCCAAAGGAGGGAGAAGUAGUGCUGUAUAAAUUAAUAUUUAUCUCUUUCAUUUCACCAUGAGACCAGUGUAGCAGAAAUCUUAAUAAUGGUUCAUUUUAAGUCAUAAAUAUUCAGUAGCUUUCAGCACUGAAGCUCCAGAUUUCAAUACACUUUUUAAACAAAAGAUAUAUUGAAAUAUGUCGAACAGUUACUAAAUAGUCAUGUAAAAUGGUGCUGCUCCUCACAGAAGUAUUUUAACUGUUUACAUUUUAUAUUUACAGAAUGAUUUAUGUAUAACUGACUUAAGUUUAUGUAUGAGUUAAACAAUCAUUCAGAAUUUAUUCUUUUGGAAAAUGCAGAUUUUUAGUGAAGCUAGGCUGUAUAGUUGAUUGCCUUGUGUAGAUGCAUAUUUUGUAGUGACUUAGAAUGUGAAGAGGAAUUCAAAUUAGUCAUGCUAACAAAAAUGAGCAUAAGAAAUACAGAAGUCUUGCCAGGCACAGAGUAAAGUAAAUAACAUGACUGGCUAUAAAGGUCAUCCAGGAAUUACUGAUACUCUUCAGUGUGGUUCCUUCCACUUUGUUGGGUUAAAUAAGUAUCUUUUUGAAGUUAGAAUCAAAAGAGGAAAAUUUGUCUUUGCAGAAAGUUUCAGAAAAAUGUAAGUGAUAGUAAUGCUUUCAAUAUCUAACAUGUCUUUUUAAAAAAAAUACAGGGUACAAGGACUGGUAAUGUCUCAAAGAUGACUAAAUUGAUAAACUGCACAGUUGUUUCCCUGGCCUGGCUAGACUGCUGGUAAGUGCUAUGUGUGUAAUUUUGCUUUCCUCAUUUGUACCGAAUAUUUCAAUAUUGCCUUUCUAAACACAUUUGUUAAGGCAAUUAUUUUUACAGGAUCCUGCCAAAUUGUAUAGUACCUCAAAAUAGGCAGGACAUAUUUGGAUUCAUCUCACACUGGAACAUAGAAAAUCUGCUCAAUUUGAACAGAGACCAACAGAACAGUCUAUUUUGUAAUUUUUUAUCAAAGUUUUAGCUGAGAAUUAAGCCAAAAUUUUUGGUCAUACAACAGUACUACAUUGUUAUAUACGGUUAACCCAGCAUAAUGAAAUUAAGGUUGACAAAGUGAACUUCUGAUACCUGUAAAUGCUGUGUGAAGAACAAAAUUUGGUAAAUGUAAUUGCUAUUUCAAUUGAUUUUGGACCACUCUGGAUUGCAGUGGUGACUGAAAUAUUUUGAAGCUUAAAAAAAAAAUGCUAUCACUUUCCAGUAUCCUAAAGAGAAUUGCUUUUAAAUGAAUAUUGAGUGAAAGCUACUUUAUUCUUUUUUUUUCUUGCAACAUAAACAGGCUGAGUCUAAUGUUUUACUACAGCAUGUUAUUGAUAGUAACUUCAUUUUGCUCAUAAUCUGUAAGGAGAAUUGAGCUGUUUUUUCUUUUAAGAUAGGGUUGAUGAAUGGCUGAUACUAUGCACUGCAACCCAUGCAGUUAGAAGUGAGCUAUGUUUAAAGUGAUUAUUUCACUAAGGUCAGAGCUUUGGAUGCUAGAACCUGUAGUUCACUUCUGGCCUCAUAGCAAUGUUACUUUGUUUUUUUCUUAGUUGAUUUCAUUUUUUCAUUUUAGGCAAAUUAAAGUGACGGUAAAUUUAAAAGAUAAGAAAAUAAGAUUCGCAGUAACCAAAUUAUCACAAUAGUAGACUAGUCUUAACAUCACUUUUUAUUUGUUGAAAUGUAAAAUGUUUUCAGAGAUGAUUGUACAUUGCCACACAUAGCAAACAAAUGGGUAGCUAGAGAUCAGCUCUUUUUGUCUAUUGUUCUGUUGUUAGCUAGCAUAGUAUACUAUCUAAUACACUGUACAAUUUUAGUCGUAAAGUAUUAUUAAGCUUUAUUUUAGUAUGUGAUUCCAAAAUCUUCUCCUGGCACCAGGCUUCACUAAAGUGCAUAUAACUUUCCACUUCUAGGGCAUUCCAAUCCACUGGAGUUUGGUAGGGAUUGAAUUACAGUGAGCUGUGUCUGAUUUCCUGUCAGGUGAGGUGAACAGUUGGACAGUAAUAAUAAGAUUAAUUCCCACCUUCUGCGAUCAGAGCUGUGUCAGGCACCAAGGACAAAAUGGCUCCUUUCCCUCUGUAGAAGUAGGUUGCUCAAGGAUUUUAAAUAGAGAAUGAGAGCGGAAGAGUUUCAUACUGAUACUGUGUGCUGUACCUCCACUGUGUGACAUCUUUUGUUGAGACAAGACAAUGGGGUCAGAACGGAGAUUUUUGUGUGUUAGUGUGUGGGGAGAAGUUGGACUGCCAAAGCAAUACCAACCAGUUGAACAACUGUAGACUAGCCAGACAAUGCCCACUGGAUAUCAGGAAAAGGUUCUUCACAGAGAGGGUGGUCCAGCACUGGAACAGGCUGCUGAGGGCGGUGGUCACAGCACCGAGCCUGACAGAGUUCAAAAAGUGUUUGGACAACACUCUCGGACAUGUGGUCAGAUUUUGGGGUGGUCCUUUGCAGGGCUGGGAGUUGAGCUUGAUGAUCCUUGUGGGUCCUUCCCAACUUGGGCUAUGCUGUGAUUCUAUGACUGACCAGGUCACCUCUGUUUCACUCAUUCUGCAAACCAGAAUAGACAUGGCACUUCUCCCUAUGGAGAUAUGAUACUGCUUGGGUUUUUGGUUUAGAAGAACCUUUCUAAACUAUAUGUAUACUAGUGUUGUUCUGGAUAAGAGUAAGUCUUCCUGCUCUGUACACACACACAAAUUUAAGAGGAUGUAGUGAGCUGCAUUUGAGGCAGUUGUGGCAAUAGCGUCCUCUACUGCUUCAGUGUACAAGUAAGUAGAAUGUUACUGAUGUGGGUUUUACGGAAACUUGCUUCGCUGAACGUAAAGGUUAUUCAGUUAGAAAGCAGAAACUCAGCACCUUGACAGAGUGUUUGUAUAAAUAUAAUGCGCCUGCAUUCAUAUAUAUGGCAUUCAUCUCAACAUUGCAUAGAGGAAAAAAAUGAUCAAAAAGCUAGUAUAGUUCCUACCCAUCCGGUAAUCCAAAGCAUAUGACAUUAAACGUUCCUCAAUCAAGAUUAUGGGGGAAAUGGAAGAAGAUGAUUCAGCUACCAAUUGUUCUUACUGUUUUGAGUUGCUAAAGGGAGUGAAUUACUCUUUCUAGAUAUAUUUUAUUUGCUGUUGACAGCAGCCUGUUUGUGUUGUUACAUUUCAUUUGCCUGUUAAUGUUUUGGUUCAUCUGUCCCUCCGUAUUUAGUUUGAGGACUGAAGUUGAAAGAGAGUUGUCUGCAUUUUUUGGUAGGAUUAGAAAAGAUUUUAAUGCAGAUAUGUGAUGAGACUUUAUUGCCUACCCAAAUUUUCAAUUCAUUUCUUUGUUCUUAGUUAAGGGCACUGGAUAAAAGUGAUAUAUAUUUUAAUUAAUCUAUUUCACUCCCUUCUUCCUAUGAAUCCAAUAACGUUGUUUCCACUUUUGCCAUUAAAAUUUUAAGCUAGGUUUUCUUGAUCUACCUCACACAAACUGUCUACAUUUCUAAGUAAGCAAAGCUAACCCUUGCUAUUGGAACUACACUGAAUGUGAAAUAGAAAAAUACACUUCCUUUAGAAAAAUAAACCUAUUGGCCAAUGUUGAGACAAUAUCAGUAAGUAUGUUUCUUAUAUAUUUCACGUAAGAUGUUCAUGUGUAAUAUAUAGCUUGUGUACAAUAAUGUACAUCUAGAAUAUUGUGUUAGCUGUAAAUUGGUGAUUUUAUUAUUGUAGUCUGUUUUUGUAGGUUACGAAUAGCUUACUAGUAAUGUCAGCCCAUCCUUUACAUUUUACAAAAGGAAUAAUUCUUGGUAAGCUUUGCAUACAGAUGAAUUACUUUUGUAGGCCCAAUAUCUAGUCUAUUUUUGAGAGUUCUUUAACUUUUAUUACUAAAGUUGAGAAAAAAAAAACAACACCCUAAUUAUUGUGAUCAUUAUUUCUGCCCCUUUUGAAGUAAAUUCCCAAUUUUAUUUCAUCACAAGAAAUAUGAAGGGGAAGAUACACCAUUAAAAAUAUUGGGAAAACUAAUUUUUUUUCCCUGCAUUUGAUACCUUUUCCUGCUUUUCAUUUAUUCCCUCCAAAUAAGCUGUUGGUGGGGCAUUACUGAGAACAUUUGUUUUUUUUUUUUAAUCAUUCAUGCCAUAGGUCAUUACAUGUGCACCACUGGAAUGUAUACAUUGUUAUCUAGUAUGUUAAUUGGUUAUAAUGAUAUUUUAAAUAAAAAAGAAAAAAAAAGUUUGACCACUAUGCACGUAGUGUUUCUUCAUUGCUAGGAUUGCACAUCAUGAAUAAGGCUGCAGCUGGAGUUGUGUUAGCACCAGUCUUCCCUGAGAUUCCAUCUGUUUUAAAUGGUAUUUAAGUCCUGUCUUGUGUGCGAGCUCACUUGUGGACAAAAGUGAUGUUUCUUCCAUUUCUCCAUUCUCAUGGGCUUUGGCUGUGCCACAGACUGAUAGCAUCAAGUGUGUUUACAACUGCUGAGAAUCCAUUCUUACUUCUUUGAUACCAGCUGUAGCCUGCCUUCUUUCCUGGAAAUAAAGCUGCUGAGACCCGAUGUGGUAAAAAGAGGUAAGCCAUGGACCUUGUAGUGUAUGAAAGGAGGAUACAUGGAAUUUGCCUGUAGGAGAAAUUUUUCUCAAAACUGAGUCCCAGAUAAGGCUUUAAGGGCUCUGACUUUAUGAAGAGCCCUUAUGGAAGCUCUUAUUUGGGUGACGGGCCUGCUUCCUUCACUGGCACCACUGCAGUGCAGAUAAAUCCUAGCAUAAUGUGUUUCAUUACCUUCAUUUCCAGCAGGGUCUGCAUGUUGCUUUAAAUGAACAGUCAAGAUGCUUUUGAGUUGUGUUUGGCUGCAUGUUGUUAGGUUUUCUUUGCGUCCUUGUUUUAAGGGAAAGGUGCGAUGACCAUGGGCAGUACAAAGCAGCCCAUUCCAUUUCUUUGGACCAGCUAUUAAGUAGGCGUUCUAGGAAAGCUGUGUGGCUCAGUGCUGUUCUUUUUUAUUUGCAUCUGUUAGCACUAAGCGGGGCUGGUACCAAGUAAUUUAUUAAUAUAAUAAGAGUGAGGUCUGAGAGUCCAAGCUCUGUCAGGGAUUUGUCUGUGGGUGACUAUUUUUGAUCAUCUUGGACAGUGGCUCUGGCUCACAGAACUAAAGCUGAAACUCUGUAGUGCUGCUGGCUUGUACAGACUUCUUUGGUGAAUGUGGGUAAGUCAGUCAAUAAGCUACCAUUAUUAAUUUUUCUUUUCAUAUUAGAAAUGCCAUGGAGACCUACAGAAUUUUUUUGUUGUUCUGGAAUAUUUUACUUUGGAUUUUUUUUCAAGUAUAUGUUUGUGUUGUAUUCCUUUAAUUGAUUACUUAUUUAUUACAUUUUUUGUUUUGGCUGCAUAAUAUUGGAAGGGAUGUUCCUGGCUGGGAAAAUUAUGCUAAAAUUUAGGUAUACUUAAUGCCAGCAGCCUUUCUUCAUUUUUUGUUAGAAUUAACAAACCCGUAUCUUGAAAACUCUUGCUAAGGCUGGUAUUUUAAAUUGGGGGUGGAGGCUGGAAUAACCUAGAAGUCUGUAAAAUAAGGAGUGGUCUUAUAUCCAUGAGGUAGACACAUGACGUGUAGAGAAACAGGCAUUACAGUUAGUAAAGCAAAUAUAUCGUCCUCAAAUAAGGACACAUUGAUCCAUGAGGUUGUGUCCAACAUCUCAAGUGUAUUCCCAUUUCUUGCAUAAUUACUCACGAGAGGAAAUUAACAUCAUGUGUCUGCUACUGUGCUUUAGAGUUUAUAUCCCAUCGUGGUGUGUCUUAGCAUGAACUUAGUAGUUUGCAACGUCUUGCAGCCUUCACUUACUGCAGAGGCUCAUCUUCAAAAUGACCUGAAAUUUAUUACUCAUGAAGAAGAGGAAUAGAUGUUUCUGGAGCACAACAGUCGACUGAAAAAAAAAGGUUAGUUCCGUUAAUCACUUUGAGUGGAUACAGUUUGAUCUGUGAAACUGAAAACAGGAAUGAAUUUUAUCGUGUCUGCCAGAUUAAUAUCAUGUAGUAUUCUACAUAGUUAACAGAAGCUCUUACAGUGGAAUGGAAUUGGUGGAUUUGUUUCCCAGUCCAGCUAUAUAUACAUGUGUAUAUAUAUGUCUAUAUAUGUUGCCUAGUAUUCUGACUACUUAAAGAAUUUUUAGAAUUAUUCAUUUGAUUUCACUGAGAGCUGUCUUGUGUAGUGCUUCCCCUCCUUACCUCACAUACCUGUUUUAGUCUCCCAGUCAGCAUGGCUCAGUUUGUAGCAUGCCAGAACUGAAGCAAGUAGUCUGCACUCGGCACAUCCAGGAGCUAAUGCAGUAUAAAUAGUCUAAGGGAUGGGGGCUGUCAGGAGGAUGGAUGUAAUGAAAGGUACCCGUGUUGGGGAUAAAAAUAAAAGGGUAUUAAAGUAGCCUAUUUGGUAUUACUUUGGAUUGAAUGUCCCAGAUAGUACAAGCUGUUGCUUUUUACCAGUCCUGGUGUUCUACUUACGGAGAAUUACUUACAGCUCAAUUCAGGCAAUGCUCUAAUAUUGAGGUUUAUUUUGUGAGGACAGUAACUGUACUCGGUGCUGCCUCAACUCACUGUGCCAUUCCAGCUGAAAAUCAUUGUUACAACAGGGAUUGCUACUCACAUUAUGCAUCUUAAUGCUGUUGAUUUAAACAAGCCAUUGUCUUCCUUGUAGAUUCAGUUGUGUCCCUGUAAGUUGGUGAUCAAUCGUGAUUAGUAGUUAACACCCUAGAAGGCUGUGAUCAUUAACACAGGGGUAAGGCUGCUGCUGGUGCCUGCAGGGGGCAGGCUGCUCCUGUUGAACAGUCAGGGAUGUGCCACGCUGCUUAACAGCAGGGGUAGUAAAGAAUGAAGCGCAGCUGGAUACUCUGGAGAGAAGGGAAAAUGUUUUGAAAUAACUGAACUGCUUAGUUUUAUUUGACCACUUUGUUUGACUUGUUAUAACUAGAAAAUACUAGGUAAAUAUGUUUUCUUUUUGUUCACUUUAAAUGUCUUACAUUUCUGUAGAAAGGAGAAGCACUAUAGUGAUAAAAAAAAAGGUAACAUCUAUUAAAACAUGGAUAUCUGUGAGAUGAGGAGAAAGUCAAUAGUAAAAGGUGUGCAAUCUGCUAGUAUUAAAAAAAAAAAAAAAACAUUCCAAGGUUAUUUCCAGAUGAUGAGUUAUAUUCUUCUUUAGUAAGAAAAGAUGUCAGAUUCAGGUCAUUUAAACAAAAAUAGUUAAAGCAAGCACUUUCACUAUGGUCUGUGCUUUUGUCUUAUCCGGUUCAUGUUGUGGUACUUUUCUGUUAAAAAUCUUUCUCCUUUGAGGCUCCCAAGCUGCCUCAGCUGUCAGAGAGAGCAAAUAAUGUGGUGAGUGCUGGGGCUGGUAAGCAGAGCUCAAGAUGAAUCUAGUGAUACAAUUUGUGUGUGCAGGUUCUGCAUAGCUUAGGGCACUACAAAUGUUAUGCAGAACUUCUCAAGUAAGUCCCUUGAAGGGAAGUGAGCACUGACAGCUAAUUACUGGAAAUUACAACUUCAUUCUAAUGAUGUCUGUUCUUUUAGCAGAAGUAGUGAACUUAGGCUACUGGGUUGUUUGCAGUUCUCCUUCUGUCCCUUAAUAUCUUCAUGAACUAACAACAAAAAAAAAAUCAACUGGGGUCACAAGAGGUAUGACAAACAAUCUAGAAGUAAGUUGGUGAAGGUUAAAGGUAGAUUCCACUCUUUUCCUUUUCCAGCACUAACUGCAUCAAUUUACUUUUUUUUUCUACCAAAUUACCAUAGAUAAUGCUUUUAAGGUUUCAUAUAUAAAAACCUGCAUCAGUUGGAUGUGUUUUGAUAAGACUCUUUCUUAACUCGAUGUCUGAUCAGUAUAUAUCAGCUCUCUUUUUUUUCCUUGCGGUUAAUACAAUUUUGGCUCAAAAUAAGAAUAAGAUAACGAGGGCCAAAUGUGCAUAUUUAAAGUUCCAUGGAGUUUAUGUGGCUAAUCUGACAGUUAAUCACAUACACUUUAAUAAGUCAUAUUUUUAUGAAGCAGUGGAACUGUUCGGUAUCUAAGGGAUAACUUAAGUGAAUUGUCAGAAUUUCUAGUAUUUUCUGCUAUUCUGUAGACAUUGUUUUUCAAAGCAUCUUGACAAAAUAACAACACUUCCAAGAAUGAGAAAUCUGAACAAACUUUAUGAAGAGAGUGGGAGGAAAAAAAUCCUCAUGUUAAAUCCAUAUCCUAAACCACACUGAAUGUGGUGACGUCCUAGAACUGCAAUCUUACCAAAUGCCCUUCUGGCCACCUCACCCACCUUGCGCACCUUUCCAUUGUCCUUGAACCAGCAAAAGGAUGCUGCAAACAAAUCCAAAGAUGGCAACAGUACAGCUACGUAGAACAGUACCUUUUGACUUGUGGAUAAAAAGUGUGUCCACUCUUUCCGGGUAAGCUGAUAUCUAAACUUCCAAGCAUUAUGUUUUGCAGUCUUUCUCCGGCUUGCCCAAGUACUACAGCACAUGUAAAAACAACAGAAUAAGUGUCACUGAGAGCAUACUCACUAUACAAUUACUCAUGAUACAUGAGUAUACCAUAACAAAAUGUGCCUUUUCACUGGUUUUGCCAGAAAUAGAAUUGUCUAUGCUGUACAUAAGCUCAUUCUACUUGGGGACUUUAGCACUUCGACUCCCAACAGUUAAACAUCCUAAUGUUGAAAAAAACUCUUCCAUUUCCUUCUGCAGGAGGUGAUUCCUCUUCUCAGCAUCUUCACGAGCACGUUCAGAAUUCCGCAGCUUUAUCUCCAGCAUCGUGUAUUUCUUUCGUUCUUGGUCCAGUUCUUCUUCUAGCCUAACCACUUGCUUCCUCAGGUCUGAACUUGUUUCUUCAAUUCUUAAAACCAAAGGGGAGAAAGAGGGAAAAGAAAAAAAAAAAAAAAAAAAAAGCUUUUUAAGUGUCUUGAUAAAUACUGCUAAUAGCUAUAAUAAAUAUAAGCCAUUCAGCUUAGAGCUAAAAUAUCUUCAUUCUAAAAGGAAGUUUUAAAUAAGGGCACUAACUGCCAUUUCAUAGUCACUUAAUGUUGAGUUUCUUGAAAGCUGGAGCUUACUUCAUUCGUAUCUUGAGAAAAUAAGCUCAAGUACAUCAAGUCUUACAAAAUGCUUAAGUUUUUUGUGAACAGACUGAAUGGCUGAGGCAACUCAACUCCUGAAUCAGGUUGAGUUCAAAUACAUAAUUUGCAAUAUAAACGUCUACUGUCUGUUUUUAUCCUGAUACUGUGUUUCCCCAUAAGGGUAUCCAGUACAGGGGAACAUCCUUGAAGUCAGUUAGGAAUGAGGUCACAGUCCUUCCUUGCCAUCCAUUUAUGGUAUUUCCUGUACAUUCCAUUACUGACAACGGAAGGGGUGAGUAAAAGUUUUUUACACUUUACAAUUUUUUACAGAAAAUAACAUUUUAUAUGUGGAAGACACUGAAGAACAGACCUGAAAUAGUUCAUCUGUGCACAAAGCUCUAAUGCAAGACUCAGAGCUUUUCUCUAAGGAAGUCAAAGAAUAAGGUUCAUGUUUUUGGAUUUGAAACAAGCGCAGAAGGGACAUCACUUGCUGUCCUCCCAAUCUUGUUUCCUAACCGCAAGACAGAGCAGUGAUAUUAAUACAGAAGUAAUAUGUCCAGAUGGAAAUUUCUGAUCAUUAGAACAACCAGAUUGUGAUUUUAAAAGCAGGUUCUUCCUAGGAAAAGUGUGGCCCUGAACUUUAAAAAAAAUAAAAACUAGAUGACACAUAAUUUCAGUAAACAGUAAUAAUACCCAACUGUAAAAAUGGAGUGCUUGGCUUCCCUCUGAAAUGGUGAAUGGGAUAUUUUUACACAGGCUAAAUGACACUCAAAAAGGACAUGCUACAGUCCCUACAACAUCAAAAAAAGAACUAGACCUAAUUCAGAAGAACCUGAAUUACAUUCUGUGUCCACCAAGCAGCAAUUAUUCAGAUAAUGCAAUGCAAUGCAUCCCCUUAAACUGUUCCUUCACAUACAGCCAAGGAUGGUAUCAUCAUCAUCACAACUUAAAAAGUCACACACUUCAACACUGAUCACCAAGUGCAGCAGAUGAACAGCUGCACUCAUAGGUGAACAGAAAUGUGCAGAACAUCUGGAAAGAAUUGCCUGUCUUGGCAGACUUUCAUCACCCAGCUAAACUCUUCUGAAGCUAAGAUGCAGCACUCCCUACUCCUUCUUACAACAUUUUGUUAUAUCCUACAGAUCUGAACUACCUAGUAAACGUUUGUACGGUGAAGUUUUAGGAGUCAGCUACAGCAGCCUAGACUAACUGUCCAUGUUCUGAAUUACACAUGUUCACAGUACUUACUUACAGAGUUUCUACAUAUACAAUAUAAUAGUCCAAUAGUCUGCUCCAAGAUACUUCCAGUUUCUUAAGAGUCCCAGGUUGUAAACAUGAAUUACUGAAACUCAACAGAAAAUGCCUGUUAAUUAUACUAACCUCGAGGGAGAAAUGCUCUGGAACAGACUGGUUACAGGAAGGCCAUAAAACUUGCCUCCCUCUGACUAAGAGAGAGAAAAUGGGCAGUUGAUAAUGAUAAAUAGCAGCUUUUCCAUCAGCAAGUGUUCCUUACCUCUGCCCCAGGCAGGUACCGACGUUGCUUUCCCUCCACUUACUUAUGUAUGUGCCAACAAAAAGCUCACACACCUUCAUUAAAACAUGCCCUGCUACACAGACUGAGUUCUGCAAACCACACAAGCACUUAUACAAUUGUAAAGGAAUUAAUUAUUACUUUUGGGGACUAAGUUAUCUUCAAUAAAAUAAAGCUAGUGAGAGCCCAAAAUUUUACUGUUAAACUGCUUCAUUUCUUUACUCUAGUUAGCUCCCCUCUUUUCACAGGAGCAGACUUUUAUAUGCAGUCUCAAAAGGGACAUAUCUUUGCACAUGUAAAUUGCUGCAGCUGCAGUAAAAACAUUGCAAGAUUUUUGAGAGCUAAAAAACUUGGCUUGAAAUUCCUAGACUUGUCUGCAAAAUGCUUAAGGCUGUAAUCCUGAACAGCUGGAAUCAUCCUGUUUAAUACAAAAAGGCAGCGAUUGCAUCUCAUCUGGUUUUAUGAAAAUACUAGCUCAUUAGGCAUUUUCCUCUCAGCUACUUUGCCCUAUGAGACCUGGCCAAUUUAUAGUCCUCCCCUCCAGUUAUGCUGUUUGGUGCUCUUUGUCCCUUUCCCACUGACGGGGAAAGGCAGGUGUUAGAGCUGAAAUAGCCAAGAACAUGGCAGGAAUGACAAACAGGGCUUCCUGACAUCCCUGACAGCUGAAGGCCAUUGGAACAGUGCUAUCAAUACGAGCUAGGAAGCCAUCUCUUCCCUCACGCAGCAGGUAAGAUGCCCAGCUACACAUUUCCAAGUUUUGCAGCCCAAUCUCACUUCUAUUACUCUGUAUCCCUGCAACAAGGCUUGCUGGGGCAGUCCUGCACAAUUAAAUACAAGGCACAUAGCAUCCUCACUACCAUUCUCACUCACAGACCUUUUCCAACACACCAUACUCGCAACCAGUGGUGAUCUCGCCAGCUCUUUAGGCCAGGACACAACAAGGCAGGGAAAGCUUUUCUCCCGUUCUGAUGCUGUAACUGAACUGCUACGCAGCCUGCUGGUCCUUCCAGCUUCACACAGCAAGGCAACACAAGGUAGGAGGCAGAAAAGGUGCAGAGGCUGGCAAGCCACCACCACAGUACAUUUUAAAAUAUAGCAGGAAGGUAACAAGUAAAAGUCCUACCUUAACAGCUGGCCCACUGGUAGAGAUCACAGAUCAGACUAGAGCUUUCCAAAACACCUUUUGAGAAAUUACUUUAACAAGAAAAAAGAUGCAACAAGCUUAGCUUCAAGCUGUACUAUAAACAGUCAUGUACUUUUGGUACCAUGUUUAGGAGACCUGUACAUGGUAUCAGAGUUUUAAUAAUUUAGGGAGUAUAACACUAACACCUUAACACAAAAAAAUGCUGAGAAGAAAUAAAUUUCUAAGAAAUGGGACUACAGCCUUUCUCUAAUGCAACACACUAGUACUGGUAUGCAAUUUUGCAUAUGUCUGUACAUUAUAACAUACAAUUCUUUUAAACAACCAUACUUACUUCAUGUGCAUUUUUCCCUAAGUACUUGUCUGAAAGUAAUUCUAUUAAGCACUUAAACUCAUAGAAACUAAUAUACCAACUCAGACAAAUUAAUAAAUAUGACUCUUCCUAUUUAUUCAUAGUAUUUUCUACUUCUUACAGCCUCUACCCUCACACACACCUCUCCUGAAAACCUGAAAAACAUCAGAGGGGGCAAAGAACCACGCAGUUCAGCACUCUGCUGUACAAGCAGCACCUUGCUGCUACUUUGAGUCAGCGGCGUGCUAUAUGAGCAAAUGACUGGUAUAAGUACAUCUAGAAAUGUUGCUUUUGAUUUUAGAAGCUCAACACAAAAUGGCUGCUGAAAAGUUAUAACUGAGAUGCAAUAACAACAAAAACAACAGAGAAUAGUCAAAAUCCAUUUCCUGAACAAAGUUUCUCCUGGGAAAAGCAGCAAAAAACCUUCAAUUUCUGACUGAUUUGACACAAGUCUCAGCACAUGCACAGACCAACAGAAUUCCCUGUAGAGGCCUGGCCACGCUAGGUCCCAUUCCCCCCCACAAGACAGAUGUUUGCCUACCUGUUUCUCCCCAGACACUGACAAAAAGCAGACUUUGGGUUUACCUGUGUUGUUCCAAUUUCCACUAAAAACAGCAUGAGCAAUACUGGAAUCUCCUGUGUACUGGAAAUCCUGUUUUUUGAUCCUCUAUUUUGUCAGAGAUAAAAGUUGUACUCACGGAACAGUGAGGAAAGACCAGAUCCAUAUUUGUAGUCUCCCAAAGCCAAGCUCCAGGUCUGAGAACCCGAUACACUUGGUAGCCCACACCCACAAUCAAACAGGGUUCUGUCUUUAGCUCCACCACCAAGCUCUGUAAGGCUCUAGAACAUUUGACAGAGUCUCUGGAAGCUGCAGCUGGGUUACUGUGUUCACUGCUGCUGCUGCAAACAUCAAACCUGUCGAUGCUGUUCUCCAGAUCUGCAGUCUUGACCUCACUCUGAGACAGCGAGCCCUGAGUCAUCCACUCAGUCUGGAGAGAGCUUAAAGCUGAAGAGUCACUGGCCCGACAGGCUGGGCAGCUGCUGACCGAGUCCACCACGGAGAUCUCACACGAUGAUGUCGACCACGUGGUGCUGGCCAUGCUGUGUGUGCUGAGGGAGAGGCUGGACGAAGGGACAUUGUCGUAAGUAGAGAGUCUUUGGGAAGAACACGAGUCUUUCAUUCGUUCCCCAGAGGCUGUCCGGCGGUGGCCUCGGAGCGAGUACAGUCCGUUCAUCAGCCAGUUCCCACUGGAGGAAAGGUUGGGGAUAUCUAAGGAUGAGCUGCCCAGCUUUGGACUCACAGACCGUGCUCCUGGCUGGCGGAAAGAGUAUUUCCAGGGAGGCAGCGUCUGCACUCUUUUGCUGGGGCUGGUGGCAGGCUGAGUCAAUUUGCUGCUGCGCUCUGGAGAGGUGUUAUUCACCACGGGUCCAGGGGUGGCCUCUGGUGCCACAGCAUUGCCGGAGGGCGAAUCGGCAGGGCUGGGAACGCAGCUUUCUGACCUGUCCUCCCCAUCCUCCUCGGAUAUCCACUCCACGGUGUUGCGUGGACGCAUGGGUCUGAUUUCCAGCUGGCUCCCUGGCACAUCUGCCUGGGGAACAGCAAAGAUUCGGCCCUGUUCACUUAUCAGCACCGUCAUCAGGUGCUGCACCAGGGAGGUUCCUGUGGGGAGGAAACAAAGGCAAAAAUUCCAUGAGAUGUGGCAGACCUGAGGCGCUCACUCCCUGUCUGUGAGAUGCUGUGUGAACUCCUCACGAGGCUGGCACGUGCAAGUGUUAAGUCCAGCUCCUGAAUGCAGCCAACUAAUGUACUAUAAGUGACCAGUAGCAAUGAUUAAUAAACAGGUUUGUUUAAGGACACCCAUAAGGAAGCAGAGGAGGACGGCGCCUGGAGAACAGGGCAUGUCUGUACCACACCAUGGCAUGGGCUUCAGACACAGCACCGAUUUCAGCACAUGGAUCCACACAGGACAGCACAGCUCUGCAGAGAUGCAUGCUGGAUCCUGAACACACUGAUGUGGUAGUUGGGAUAGAGCACCUUUCUGUCCGGAUUCCAAAACUAGCAGGUUUCCACUGAUAGAUACCCAAGGGGUAUCUACAUUGGACCUACAUUCACAGUCUAAAUAGGCCCAGAGCUAACGUUCACUAAAGCACCAGAAAUUUCAGCCUAGGCCUUCUGCUGCACUCCUGCUGUAUAGGGAAACCUGGAGAGAGAAUGAGACCUGUAUGGCACACGUAGCUGCACGCAAGGGGGAAAAGAUAUGUUUUGUACCAUCACUAUCUGCAGACUGGUGUUCACCUCCAAUCCUAGUAAAGCAUUCAGCAAUUUGAAAUGAAACCGUACUCAUGAGGAAACGUUGAAAUACAAGAUGGAAGGAAAUUAGACUUCAAGUACCCAUUGAAGAGUGCCUGUAAAGGCAGCUUCUCAGACAUCUGCUGGGAAAGAACAGCAGAGCCCAGCAGGUUUAUGGAACGCUCUGAUGACAUCUUUACUGAUAUAGAAAAUGAAAACAACAAGGAAAGAGGUUCUGCUAGGUUUCUAAUCAAUAAAGAUCAAAAGGAAACAUUAAAUUUUAAGGUAGAUGAUAAAUUUAGGUCACAGCCUAAAGCAACCAAGUGUAGAUUCUUUAAGAUAGGAUAGCAAAACCAAAAAUGUGUUGCAGGAACAUAGGUAUGAGGAAACCUUGAAAACUGGAACAUAAGGUGCCAUAGGGAGCUAGUCGACUGGAACAAAGUUUCCUGAAAGAGGCAUGGGUGCAGCUACCUCACUGCAGACAACAGCUAGCAGAUUCUCAAGGUGACUGACUUGAUUAAAAGAGGAGCUUCUCAUUGUAUUCAAACAUUAAAAAAGUAGAAAGUUUACAGCAAGUGCAGAAAGAGUACUUGUAACUAUAUAAAUCCACAGAAAUGAGUUGUCACUGCUUUUCAAUACUGUAGGCCAUUACAGACUAACAGAGAAUAUCUCUUACCAAACCUAAUACGAAGUAUUUUCUACUAAAGCGAAAAACCUUAAAGAGAGCAAAUAUAUCAUCAUUCUAUGUUUACUUAUAAUCUGAACUAAAGAAUAAGACUAACAUUCAGAGGUCUAUAAUAAGGACAUGAACACAAUAAUGAAAUCUCAGCCUGGCAGCAAGAGGUAUAAGCUCACCUACUGCUUGCAUUUAAUGUCUGUGGAUACGCAAGAGAAUACACCUCUCUGGAGAUAAGGUCAUGCUUAACAAUGUAGCUGUCAAACUUCAGAUAUUUCUAUUUGAAAUUCAUGGUUUAAGUUUGGAGAGAUGCAAUUAAAGUGCUUUUUGUUAAGAA